AUGUAUAUGGACACGAUGCACAUGCCGACGGCAGGAGGCUUCCGAUACCUCGUUCAAGGUCGAUGCUCGAUAUCGCACUAUCCCGAGUUCCGCAACGAGACCAGCGCCGCCCUCGCCGACUGGAUCUUCGAGGAUAUUCUCUGUCGCUGGGGCACCCUCGUCGAGAUCGUUUCCGAUAACGGGCCAGCCUUCGUCAAAGCUCUCACCCAUCUCGCCAAGAAGUAUCACAUUUCGCACAUUCGAAUAUUGGGGUACAAUUCUCGCGCCAACGGCAUUGUCGAAAGGCCGCAUUUCGAUGUCCGACAAGCUCUCUUCAAGGCGGUCGAUGGGGAUCAGUCGAAGUGGAAUAGAGCGGCACCGUUUGUUUUCUGGGCCGAUCGCAUCACUGUCCGACGUCGCAUGGGUUGCUCACCAUACUUCGCCGCGACAGGAACUCAUCCCCUCCUGCCCCUCGAUAUAGCGGAAGCAACGUACCUCCUUCCACCACCAUCCGAGACAAUGUCGACCACCGACCUCAUCGCCCGCCGAGCAAUCGCACUCCAAAAGCGUCGCGCUGACCUCGCUCGCCUCCGCACCGCAGUCAUCGCAGCACGAGUUAAAGCCGCCAUCCGAUUCGAGACCGACCACCAGGCGACAAUUCGAGCAUUUCAUUUCGAUCUCGGAGACCUCGUCCUCAUCCGCAACACCGCCAUCGAGAAGGCCCUAAACCGCAAAAUGCGACCUCGCUACUUGGGACCCCUUCUCGUUAUAUCUCAGAAUCGCGGCGGUGCUUACAUUCUCGCAGAAUUAGACGGCUCGGUACUUGACCGACCGAUCGCGGCCUUCCGCGUCAUCCCCUACUUUGCUCGCAAGAAGCUCGACAUACCCGACCUCGACGCACUCCUCGACAUCUCUGCACAACGACUGCGCGAGAUGAAGGCCACCGUGGACGAGGAUCCUGAAGAGGAGGGCCUCCGCGGCGACGAGAUGGACGACUCGGAGGACGAAGCUUCGCAGCGGGAUAUCGACACAGUAUCCGAUACCAACGAGCCCACCCACCCUCCCUUCUCGCGCGGGGCGAUGUGA